GGAACUGUUAGUGAGCUAAUAGGUGACGUGGAGCAUAAACAUGAUCUAUCCAAACCAUCAGGGUUUAACAUAUUAAUGAUAUCAGCUCGCCAUGUGGGAUAAGUUCAGCCUGUAAGGUUAUAAAUGUUAAUAUAUGAGCUGUGUAGGGACAAAACAGAGCGAGCUGUGGGUGAAUUAGAAGAGGACUGACAGUGACACGCUUAUCGCUGGUGAAUGAUAGCUUCACUUCUGAUCUGACCUGAUCUCACACCAUGGCUGAUGAACUCAAGUUUCAAGAGUUUGCAGAAGCGGAAGAUCUCCUGUCUGUUGAUCCAGGUGCCUCAACAGUCAGUAUCAGCAGCUACAGCUCUGCCAUCAUUUCAGCCUCCUCUUCAAAAGAUGUCAAACUGAACCUGUCAGAUGAUGAGGACAGUCAGCAGGAGAGCUCGGAGUUGCUUGGAGGUGAAAAACAAUCUAGUGGCUUCUGGACAUUUGAAUACUACCAGUCCUUCUUCAAUGUGGACACUGUGCAGGUGUUGGACAGGAUCAAAUGGUCACUUAUACCUCUGCCUGGGCGGAAUUUCAUCAAACAUCACAUACGAAGUAAUCCAGAUUUAUAUGGACCAUUUUGGAUAUGUGUGACACUCGUGUUUUCCAUGGCCAUCAGUGGAAACAUUUCUACCUUUUUGAGUAAGAUGGAUGAUCCUAAAUAUCAUUACAGACCACAGUUCCACAGAGUGACCAUUGCAGCGGUUGCUGUGUUCCUCUAUGCAUGGCUCGUACCACUGGGAGUGUGGGGUUUUAUGACCUGGCGACAGAAUGCUGCUCGACAGGCGAGCGCUUACUCUUUCCUAGAGACCGUUUGUGUCUACGGCUACUCUCUCUUCAUUUAUAUACCCACCUCAAUAUUAUGGAUCAUUCCUUUUGACUGGCUUCAGUGGCUUUUGAUUGUCAUCGCUAUGUUGGUUUCCGGCUCCUUGUUGGUCAUCACCUUCUGGCCAGCGGUUCGUGAUGACACCAGAAUGACAGCUUUCUCCAUUUUGACAGCCAUUGUGCUGCUUCAUGCUCUGCUGGCUAUUGGCUUCAAGAUGUACUUCUUUCAAACCGCAGUGGAAAUAGCUGGACCUACCACAAUUCCCCUAACUACCCAGAAUCACACAGGACACAUCAGUAUGAAGAAACUUCACUAACCAGUGUUUAAGAAAAGAGAAGAGUGGAAAUGUGCACAACUAACAUCUCACCAUAACCUUUGGUUAGCACACUCCUGAUUUAACAGCUUUUAUUCAUAUAUGAAGAUCUUCUGUAGGCUCAUGGUAACUGCAUGGAUGAAAAAGCAGAUUGAGACUGUAAGCAGUGUAGAAGCUAAUCAUAGUUGGGAUGUGGAUAUGUUGAGCUAUACAAGUUGGUAGGAAUAUUCUGAACAGUAUGUCCUGCUCCUGAAAAGAACAUAGUUUGAAUCAAUCUACAGAAUCAUAUAUUUGUCAAGUAUUCUUUAUUAAUUUUUUGUUUGUUUUCUUGAUUGAUGCAAAAAAGAGAUUCAGUGGUAUAUAAAUGUUGAUAAAUUAUUAAUUGUUAA